AUGAGGAAUAAUCAUCGCAGAAAUCUUGCCCUUCUGGUGGCAUUUUGUUCGUGCUACAGUCUACUAGCACCGGUACAGUCGCAGCACAUAGAAACCGUGCCCGCGUCACCAUCGUUCCACGCACUGUACGAACGCAACGUGGAUCUUCUGUGCCGGUCGGACAAACCCUUCGACCACUGCCAAGUUCAGCUUCCCGGUCCGUCCUCCAUAGCAUACGACGUCGAUAGCUUGCCCGGUGGCGUCAAGCGCAUCGGGGAUGGUUCCCGCGGUGAGUGUGGCGUACGAUUGUCCACCAUUACUUCCGAACGGUUCGGAAAGUUCGUCUGCAAACUCACGAUCAGUGGCGAACAGCAUGAAGCAACGAUCGAGCUACGGCAGCUCGUCGCACCGCGCACAACAGACCUGAAGAUCUCCAAGUACACGACGCUCGUUGACGGUGGCAUACGGGCGAACCAGAUGCUGAAGGCGAGAUGCACCUCCCGGAUGGGAUUACCGGCAUCGAACCUAACCUGGUUCCUGGACGGCAAACCGAUCGACGAGAGCCUGCUCAAACCGGUCCAGAUUACCACCGAAAUGCAGGACCAGAAAAAUCUGGAAACUAUCCAGCAGGAGGUGAACAUGUACGUCACACCGGAACAGAACGGUUUGGUGCUGGAGUGUGUGGUUAAUCAUCCCGCAUUUAGAACCGAGCAACGGUCGUCCAUUCCACUAAACAUCAAGUUCGCACCGGAAGAGAUACCACACAUCCAUAUCGAUGAGCUGCCGGCAAGCGGAAGUGCAACGGUCAACAUUACAAUCCAUGCCAACCCGCAACCCAUCACCCGAUGGACGGUCAAUGGGCGGCUGAUAAAGGAGGGCGAAUCGAUAGACAUCUACCAGGCAUACAUACCGCGUCCAACAUCCAGUAAGGGCGACUACAGGGUGCUGCUUAAAAACAACGACUGUACGAAGGAGCGAGCGACGCUGUACACGCUCGAGGCCACGAACGUACUCGGCACGCAGACGUACAUCAUCAAGGCGGUGCGGGUGGACGAUGCGGGCACGGAGGUGAUCCGGAACGAUGACUACAACUACCACGAUGACGGCAACGGAUCUACCUUCUGGCUGAUAAGCGUCUGGACGUUCUUCUGCUCCGUGAUGGCUACACGUCUGUUGUGA